AUGGCCUCCACACUGGUGCUCCUACUCCUGGUCUCACUGGCGUCUGCCUCGCAUCACAUGGGAGGAAGAACGAGCUACGCCUACAAAGGAAGAAACCGUGAUGGGACAUACAAAGUGCACUUUUACAACAGGGACGUCUAUGACAACUGCCAGAACACACACUACUGGUCUUGUUUGUCGGGCGACUGUGGCACUGUACAACAAAACUCCUAUCAAAACAAAGCGAUAAUCGACAGCAGCACCAACGCUCCCGUGUAUGAAAAUCUUUGUGUAAGAGGCUGUUGUUGGAUCCAGACAGUUAACAAUGUCAACAACUGGAGGCUUAUGCUUAAUGUUGAUUUGGGAACAAGAUCUGACACCAAAGAACCAAACAAAUCCCCAGACUUUGGCAUUGUACCUUUACUACGAACUCCUGAGAACUGUCCCCGGACCUACGAGCUGGUACACUUUGAUCCAGACGGUGACAAGGUUCGAUGCCGAUACGGAAAUAUCCCGAAUUUAGAGUGCGGCACAUGCAACAAACCUUCAGGCUUCUACCUAAACCAGUACAAGAGUCCAAGCUCCUACAACCACACCUGCAGCACAAACAACAACACAUCCUUGGUGGUGGUGGCAUACAACCACACCUGCAGCACAAACAACGACACAUCCUUGGUGGUGGUGGCAUACAACCACAACUGCAGCACAAACAACAACACAUCCUUGGUGGUGGUGGCAUACAACCACAACUGCAGCACAAACAACAACACAUCCUUGGUGGUGGUGGCAUACAGCCACACCUGCAGCACAAACAACAACACCUCCUUGGUGGUGGUGGCAUACAACCACACCUGCAGUACCAGCAGCCACAACUGCAGCACCAACAACCACACCUGCAGCACAAACAACAACACAUCCUUGGUGGUGGUGGCAUACAACCACAACUCCAGCACAAACAACAACACAUCCUUGGUGGUGGUGGCAUACAACCACAACUCCAGCACAAACAACAACAACACCUGCAGCACAAACAACAACACAUCCUUGGUUGUGGUGGCAUACAACCACAACUCCAGCACAAACAACAACACAUCCUUGGUGGUGGUGGCAUACAACCACAACUCCAGCACAAACAACAACACCUGCAGCACCAACAACAACACAUCCUUGGUUGUGGUGGCAUACAACCACAACUCCAGCACAAACAACAACACAUCCUUGGUGGUGGUGGCAUACAACCACACCUGCAGCACCAACAACAACACAUUAUUGGUGGUGGUGGUAUACAACGACAACUGCAGCACCACCAACCACACCUACACUACCAACAACCACACCUGCAGCACCAACAACAACAACACAUCAUUGGUGGUGGUAUACAACCACAACUACAGCACCAACAACAACAACUGCAGCACCAACAACAACACAUCCUUGGUGGUGGUGGCAUACAACCACACCUGCACCACAAACAACAACACAUCCUUGGUGGUGGUGGCAUACAACUGCAGCACCAACAACCACAACUGCACACAAACAACACCAUUAUCACUCCCCACAUUAAACAGAAAUAAGCGGCAAGUGAGGACUUUUCAUCAAGCCACAGCCACAGCUGCUGCACCAACAACUACUCCAAACGCAGCCAAAGUUGGAGCAGCAACCCCUCUCAGUAAACAGCCCUUGCAGUUCUCCUUUCUUGUGGACCGAGCUGUUCACUCAUGUCUCCCAGGGGACUACCUGCCAAAGUAUCUCAGCCCAACACCUGAUAAUGGAGUGCACAUUCACACAGAGGUCGGCAAAGAAGUGGAGAUCAGAGUCAAAGCAGUGUCAAAAUAUUCAAAAAUUGAUAACAUCAUCAUCAGCGGGCCACAGAAUACCAAAAAGCACAAGAACACUCAUGAUGAGUUUAGCAUUACAUGGACACCGACUCAAGAUGACCUGGGAAACCACUACGUGCUCUGCUUUGUUGUGGAAGCAAAGAUCGGGUCAAACGUCUACCAGUCAGACAUGAGGUGUGUCAUUUUGGACGUUGGGAAUAAGCUAGUCGACGCCCACGUGAUCUGCACAGAGUCCACAAUGACAGUGGAAGUGGACAGAGCUAUGUGUUUUCAUAUCAGUGAGGAUCAUUUGCGGCUCAGUGACCCUUCCAACGUUGUCUGCAACCUGAAGACUCACUCCAACAAGACUCAUAUCAUCGCUGUCUUCCCCCUGAACGCCUGCGGCACCCAGAUCGAGGAAGACGAUGAGUACCUGAAAUUCAAGAACGAAAUCACUACGAUUGAUAACCCCAGAGACUCAAUCACCAGGAAAAACCUGCUGGAGAUUCAGUUCUUCUGUCAGUACCCCAAACGAGGGAGGGUGUCUGAGAACUUCCUGGCACACAGGAAGAGCGUCACAGUCUGGGAGAAAGGCAUGGGCCAGUUCGAAUACAAGUUUGAGUUUUAUCCCGAUACUCAGUUCAGGACCAUGAUCGAUCCCAACUCCUACCCUCUGGAGUACACCCUAGGGAAUCGCAUCUUCAUGCAGAUUGAGGCCAAGUCUUCAGUCAACAACACUGUCCUGUUUGUGGAGUCUUGCAGAGCUACACCGUACGACAACUCAAACUACAAGCCAGUCUACUCCAUCAUUGAGGACGGGUGCCCAGUGGACCGGUCUGUUCAGAUCCACAACCCCAGCCAUCCCUGGGAGUUCAGGAUGAGCUUUGAGGCCUUCAAGUUCAUCGGUUUUCACGACCAGGUUUACAUCAGCUGCUCAGUCCUGAUGUGCAAGGCAGGAGACCCCAACACUAGGUGUGCACAGGGAUGCCGCAAGGUCAAAACUUUCUCCUCAGGAAUACGAAAUCGAAGAGAAAUCGUCACCCAGAGCUCGGCACACCUGAUUUCCCAGGGUCCUCUGCGCUUGAGAAGAUCAGCAGAGCGUGCAGACAGCCCAGUAAUGAACCUGAAUCUGAACCUGAUUUUCAUCGCUGGAUGUCUUCUUGCAGUGGUUGGUAUGAUCAGUGGAGUGAACCUUUAUAAAGCCAAGAUAACCAAGGUCAAAUACCAGCCUCUGCUCACGUUCGAAGGAUAAGAUGAGCAUCACACUUUGGGUUUAUGUCUGUUAAGGGAUGUUGGGUGUUGUGUAAUCUAUGAAGUCCACAAUUAAAUGAAGGAAUUAGUAUUGACUUAUGGAUUUCUUUACAGGUAUAGAAACAAAAAGAUGGAGGGUUCUGAGAGAUGUGCAAAUGGACCCCUUUACUGUUUGUAACUGUUUAGGGAUGCGUAUGCAUUUUUGCAACAGAAGUUUAACUGAGAACGAUUGUUUGUCGAGCUACACAUAUGAGUUAAAGACCCCAAAUCGCAGUUGUGUACACCUGAGAGUAAGCUGUAAAAGAGAAACGUUUAAUAUAACUCAACACUGAAAUGAUCCUCCAGCACUGCAGCUGCUGGGCGAUCAUUCAGCUGCUUGUUUUUUUUUUUGUUUGUUUGUUUUACUGUUUUCACGCGUGUUUCAGUCGAUGUUGAAUCUUAUGACUUAAUGUAAAUAUCAUGGCACUGUUUAAAAUGAUUCAAUGAUGUUCCCAUGUUACAAGUAAUAAAUAAAAUAAGAAAAUACAUUAAAACGCGAUGCAAUCAAAUCGUUAACAUUUAAGGGUACAAUAUGAUAAAAAAACUAUGCAGUAAAAUCCAACAUGAUAUACCUCUCGGCUCAGUCUGUGAAGGUACUCUGUGAACACAUUUACAUUACAAUUUUCACUCUUCUGGCUUUUCAUUUUAAUACACUUCAAUAACAAUAUUGAAACAUGCUCAGACGAGACGAAGAGUUUCUCUUUUGCUUCACCUGAUUGGAUCGUCUGUACUGAGCGGAAGUAUUACCUGUGUGUUGUAUUUACCUGUACUAUGUUGAGAACUAUAAAUGACUUUGCUUUAGAAACAAAAACAUUGUUACAAUCACUUUAUGGAACAAUAAAAGAUAUAUUUCACAUUUA